GUUGUUGUGCCGCCUUAACUUUGCGCCAAAACCAACACAAGUCUUCUAAGAGAGGUAUGAUGAAGUGCAAUAAGUGAUUACUUAAAUUGACAGCAAUGAUCCUACUUUUGAUACAUUUCCUGCUCUUCCAUCUCUCGUAUUCAGCAAAUGACUGUUGGUGGAGCGGAUGUCAACCAAACACCCGGGCUGUAACUGGUUGUGGCCAGUACAAUAGGACUCAGCAAGACAUCAGAGGGUGUAAAGGUGGUUCAGAAUACUACUGUUGUACACUGGACACAACAACAACUCGCGCCCCUCAAACUGGUUGUUGGUGGACUGGUUGUCAACCCAACAACUGGAAAGUAACAGGUUGCGAACAAUAUAGUCUCGUGCAAUAUAAUAUCCAAGACUGUGACAAUGGUCACAAAUAUUUUUGCUGCCCUGAUAGUAACCAUCCAAAGCCGCCAUUGACGACCGAUCUUGAGUGUGUUUGGUCUCCAUGCCAACCAUCAAACUGGACCAUCAGGGGUUGUCCUCCUUGGAUGCUGCAAAUUGGCUCCCAGUCUUGCGGAGAAGGACAGGGAGACAUUUUUCAGUGUUGUGAAAGCAAACAAAUACCCGAUGACGACGAUGAUACAAACUUAAUUACAGGAGAAUCUUUCCAGAAUUUUGUUAAAUACUUAUUAAUCAAAGGUAAAGAUUUUGCAGUAGAACCAGACAGUUUACCGUGUAUAGCUAUUGAUGUAGAAAAGAAGUCCAUACUCAAAAUUAAAAAUGAAGGAAUUCGCACUUGUGACUUGUGCCCUUACUUUCCACAAAAAAGGUUUGUAAAUGUGUUCUUAUCAAAUGAGCCUUUGGACGUUGAAUCUAAUUUACUCUUUCCGGAAUGUUUCGGUUAUUGCUUUGACAGAGAUGACUGUGUGGCAUUUAGCUAUGACUAUUCAACUCGUACUUGCUAUAUAUUCAAUAAUACAAUUGGUGUUUUUACCAAGAGCUCACAAUGGACAACCGUCUUUAUGACACAACCAAUGGGGGUUUUGGAAAACUGGUCUUAUUUUCGACAUACUUCCAUAACAGGAGAGGGUUUCAAACAAUCACGAGAACAAAACUUCAAAGAAUGUUUAAAAAAAUGUAACCACGAUGAUAAAUGUAAUUAUGUGUCGUAUUCUAUAAAGACUCUGGACUGUGUUAUGAUUACUUCUCAAGAUAAAAUACAAUAUAUAGACAUGCAAUAUGGAUUUAUCUCUGCUUUUAAAAUAACAUCUCUUCCACUUUCUAGGGAUGCUAGUUCUAGGUUCAUUGAAAUUGGAGAAGAAAUCUUUGGCCAAGACCAAACUUCCGAUAUAAAAAAGAACGAGUGCGCUUCAAUAAGAAAUGAAACUCAUUCAGCAUUUUAUUCUAAAUCAUGUUUCACAUAUCCAGGAGUUGGGUGCGAUUCAGUGACAGGGUGCAAAACCUGUUACUACCCUGAAAAAACAAAUUAUUUUUAUAAUCUUAUUAUAUGUCCAGACAGUAAAUGGGUUGUAAAUGAAAAUAUCAAACAAUCUAUUCAAAGUGCUUUGAUGUCGUGUUUAAAAGACUCAUUCUGUAUUGCUCUUGGAUAUGACACAAUAACAAAAAACACAAAACAGUUAACUAUCGAGGACCUUCCGGGUAACAACUCCCCAACAACAUUUAUAAUGAGAUAUCCAAUAAUAUUUACAGAAAAUCAGAAGCUAAUAAUGAACCACGAUUUGUUGUCCAGCUACGAUAUUGAAAGGAUAUCAAAUGAUAAUAACUCUUUUCAUGAAAUAGGUGGAAAGUCUUUCAAAGAUUGUUUUAAUAUUUUUGAUUCAAGCAAUUCUUACAUAAGAAUGUCUUAUGCAAAUAAGAUGUGCAAAAUUUCAUCUAAAGAGGUUAAAUAUGUAAGGAAUGAUAGAUUUAUCACAGUUUUCAAAAAACCAGAUAUAACCUCACCCAUUAUUAACUAUGUAAGAACACCAGGCUUUUCGAUAGAAGAAAAUAAAGCUAAACAGAAUUUUGGCCCAUGCACAAACUGUGAAAUAGACUGUGCCAUUAAAUGCAACAGUGAAUUUAAGAGUUGGUGUUCACAUUUUAUGGUAAGGCACGAUCGCAAUAAAGCAGAAUGCUUCUUCUAUGACCUGUUUAGUGAUACAGCAGCAAAUAAUGUAAUUCUUCAGCAAAUGGAUAAUAAACAAAUAUUUACCAAAGUAAGUAACCUAGAUUUUGCCCUUGACUCUUUGAAUAAGCUUAACCCUUUCCAAAGUUCUGACAUUUUCAAUUGUUUCCAGCCUGAUUCUGACAAUAAGCAAACAGAAACAUCUUUAACUCGUUUUGAUAAAAACAAUGGUAACAGUGACAGUGCAGUUCAGCUUAGACAAAAGAGAGGGAUUGGAGAUUUCUUUAAAAGAAUAGGAAACGCUCUUAAAAAGGUUGGUGAGGUUUUUGUUGAUACUGUUAAAGAUACAGCAAAAACUGUCGUUGAUACAGCUAAAGGAGUUGUAAAUACUGUAAAAAAUGUUGUUACAGGGGACUUUGGUCAAGAUAAGGAAUCGUUUGUUAACAUACCAAUUGUGAAAGAUGUAUCAAAUGCAGUAGAACUUGGUAAUGGAGUUGUUACAGGGGAUUGGGACAAAACAAGGGAGAAUGGUUCUGAACUCUUACAAGGUCAAGCUUUAGAUAUUGCAACAUCUUUGAUCCCGGUAGGUGGGAAAUUUAUUGGCAAAGGGUUAAAAGCUAUAGGAAAAGCAGUAAAAAUGAAACCAUUAGGUCCCAAAAAAGUAUCAAAACGUGAUGUAGAGAGAGUAAAUAAUAACAGCAGAAAAGUCCCUGAAAGUAAAAAAAAUGUUGAUAAAAAUAGGAGAAACUGUAAAAAGAGGCCCAAGAGAAUGGCAAAUAAAAGACCUAGACCUGGUAGUUGUGAUAGUGAUGAUGAUGAAGAUGAUGACGAAUAUAAUUUAUGUCCACCCGUUAGUAUACCUAAUAUUAUACAACGUACAUUAGUAUCAGGAUGUUCAAGUAGGAAAAAGGGUGCAACUUGUGACUUUGAGUGUGAACCUGGAUAUCAGGAACCAAAUAGCCAAGUGAAAUGUGUUGGUAGAGAGAAUCAGCGGCCAACAUGGAUACCAACACCAACCUGUGAUAGAAUUGACUGUGGUCCCAUUCCAUAUCCUCUCGUUUCAUUACAAACCCCUCAGGUUCAAAAGCUUGGUUCUACUGUUUUUGGACAAUAUGUAACAGUUUAUGUUGCACUUUUCAACUUAUUCCGCAAGCUUCCAGUAUGGACUGUAGCUCUUCAUCAGAGUACUCAGUAUAGAAGUAAAGAUUACGCAGCAAGUAAAGACGUAAAGAGAGCUCAGGGUUAUAAACCUUUCCCUUGCUCACAACUGGCAAGUUAUCAAGGAUCUCCGUCAGAUUACAGCGGAAAACCAUGGGAUCAAGGACAUUUAACCCCUGCCAAUAUUGCGAGGUGGUCUGAAAAAGCAAGACUUAGUUCAAAUCUAUAUAUAAAUCUUGCUCCACAAGAUCCAUUCACCAACAAAGGACCAUGGAAAAGAUUAGAAACUGAAGUUGAAUGUUUCAGCAGGAAACAUCGAAGUCUUGUUGCUACCGGAAUAUGUAACAAGAACAUUGGAAAAAUCAAUAAACUUGAAAUUCCUUCAUGCUAUUGGAAAAUGGUAUGCUACAAAGAUAAAAAAUUGAAUGUACAAGUUGUUGGUUUCAUGGCAAGUAACAAUCAUCCAGCAAACAAAACAGAAAAGAACCUAAGAAGAAAACAAGUCUAUACACCUUUAUCACAAUACGAGGUUCAAAGAGAACUUCAAGCAUUAAAUGUAAAUAUAAGAAGCCCGUGGAGACAUACAGCUACUACCAUUAAUGCUGGUCGUCCUAUUGCAGUUGGAAACGAUGCUUCGGUUUGGUUUCCGGUAAGCCCAUUAAUAUGUGAAAGAGCUGAUACUCUAUCAGAAGAAGAGAAAAAUUAUUGGAUUAAUCAGUUACCUGAGGUAACAGAUAAAAAAAAGAGUACUCGAGCAAUCAAACGUGGGUGUGGAGAAGAUGGUGAUGAAGACGAGGGAAGUGCGCUGGUUAAUGUCCAAAACUGCAAUAAACGUAUAAUUGGUUACUAUACAUCUUGGGGAAAGAAGAAAAUAAGUGGUAGAGAAUUAAGGAGAUUAACACAUGUAAUUUAUGCAUUUUUAGAAAUGAAAGAAGAUGGAACCAUAGAUGUAGGCUCAGCUGAUAGAAAAAAUGCACAAAAUAUUAAUGAUGAAGUAAAAAAUUCUAAAGAGCGUUUAGAAAAUCUAAUGGAGUUGGCAGCUCUGCAUUCUCAUGUCAAAAUUAUGUUUGCAGUAGGUGGUUGGGAGAAUUCUCAGUAUUUUAGUGCUGUAGCUGCUAGCCCACAAAAAAGAAUCACUUUUAUAGCCUCCAUAGUAAAAAUGAUCCAGCGAUAUGGAUUUGAUGGUGUUGAUAUUGACUGGGAAUAUCCAGUAACUGGAGGUGCCAAUGAGGGAAUUCCACAAGAUAAACAAAACUAUGUUAAUCUGAUUAAAGAAAUAAGAAGUGCUUUGGAUAACUUGGCCAGUGAGGUAAGAAGAGAAGAAAAGUUCUUGUUGUCUUUCGCAGGAGCUGCAGGGCAGUGGAUACUAGAUCCAGGAUUUGAUUUGCCAGGAUUGCUAAAGCAUGCUGAUUUUGCAAACAUAAUGAGCUAUGAUUAUUUUGGAGCCUGGGCAAGUAAGUGGGGAGCUUAUACAGGACCUCCAUCACCUUUGUAUUUUGGAAUGCCUCCAAGAUUUUCUGGUAAAACAAAUGUUGAUUGGACAGUAAAAUACUACACUUGUAAAACACAACUGCCGCAUAAGAUAAAUAUAGGUUUACCAUUCUAUGGAAGAUUUUGGAAAAAUGUUGGUCAACCAGUAGAUGGCAAGGAUGGAAUGUGGAGAACUGCAGAAAGAGUAAACGGUGUGUUUGAAGGGGGGUAUAAGGCAUGGCACGAAAUACCUGAGUUUUUAGAAACAGGGGGGUUUGAACAAAAUUUCCACGAGAAAAGUCGUACUCCAUAUGCUUGGAAUCCAGCAAAUAAAACAUUUUUAGGGUAUGAAAACAAAAAAUCUCUCGAGGCUAAAGUACAAUAUGCAGUGAAUAAGAACGUGGGUGGACUAAUGAUAUGGUCUGUUGAGCUUGAUGAUGAUGACCUCACAUUGUUAAAUACUGUCUAUCAAGCACGACUUUGUGACAAAACAAACCCAAAUGAAAUUAAUCAUAAAUGCUCUCCAAUAGAUGAAAAACGCUGGUGGACAUCAGAGGAUGGAGAUGACAUGGCUGGUCUUUGUGGCCGUUCUGCACCGUUGUAUAAGGGAUAUUACCCGGUCUGUGACCCAGACGACCCAGGCUACAGCUGUUGUGGACCCGCUGGGUACUGCGGAUCAGGAGAAAAAUACUGUGACUGUCCGACUUGUAAAAACUAUGGAGAUAACCCACAAAAGAUUCUAGAGCAGCCUAUCAAACCAACUGUCCCUGUUACCUGGUAUUUUCUUAAUGCUGAAGAAGGAAAACGUGGCAGAUGUGGAAGAAAAGUAAACAAACUCAAAGAUGUAUUUCCAACGUGUAACCCAGAUGAUGAUAAUGCAUAUUGUUGCUCCAAUGGUGGAUAUUGUGGAAGUAAACCAGAACACUGCACUUGCAACGGUUGUAUUGACUUCAAGAAAAAUAAAAACUACCGUUAUGGACCUAAAAAGUAAUGUGAUCGGAGUGAUGGUGAAGACAAAGCAGAAAAAUGUGGCCCAAAAGUACCAAAGGUUGAUGGAAUCUACGAAUCAGAAUGUGAGCCAAAUACUAAGUUUAACUGUUGCAGUAACAAUGGGUACUGUGGCUCCGGGCCGGAGUAUUGCAAUUGUCGAGGGUGUAAAAAAUGUACUUAAAUAUCUUAUAAAAAUUACUAACAGAGUUUUAUUGAGUAAAUAAAUUUAUUUUCUAACGUACCUUUAGAGAGGAAGUUGUAACCGUAAUGUUAUUCAUAUUCAUAUUCAAACAUCUUUAUUCGUCAUAAAUCAUGUACAUUAGUGGUACAGUGAAUAGUGUCAGAAUACUUAAAAUAAAAGUACUAUUUCUAUUUAUAGGAGGAAAAUUCAUCAAAAUAAUGUAAUGCUAGAUUUAUUAUAUGCUCUUUUACAAUUUUCUUGAAUUUAGAUAGGUUCGAUUAUUUUUUUAUGAAUUCACGGACAAGUUUUAGAAAAUCGUUACCAGCGUAUGAGGGGUUUUUCCAAAAAUUUUAAUUUGUGAGAUUGGACAAACUCCCUUCUCCGCCUAAAAUUAUAAGAAUGCACUGAAUUUAUUACUUGUUCGGAUUCAUUUUUUUGCGAUAACAAUUGUUUCAUAAAUAUAUUGCCCAUAAACUGUAAAAAUUUGUAAUUUCUUAAAAUGUUCUUUUGCCGAGUCAUCUUGUUUAAGCUUAAGCAUAAUUCUGAUAGGUAGCAUCUUUUUGUCGCUUCAGAAUGACAUCCAUAUUUAAUAUUUUUGUGACCCAUAUAAUGCUAAACCCAAUGAAAUAUGGGAGUGAAUGUGGGCAAAAUAUAUACUUUUUAGGGGUUUCAAAUUACAAUAAAAGGACAUUUUUAAUAAUGCGAACAUUCCAGAGUUAGUUUUGGUUAAAACGUUCUGUGUGUGUUUAUCCCAAUUCAAAUUUUCAGCUAUUGUUAAUCCCAGAAAGUUGAUUUGAUUUUCCUUUUGAAUGUUAUUUGAGUUGUAAGUUAUUGUUGGCUAUUUUGUAAUUUUGUUCUGUGCUGGAUGAAAUUUAUAAAUUUAGUUUUUUGUGAAUUUAAUAAUAAGUUAUGAUUGUAGAACUAGUUUCCAAUAUUCUCUAAUUCUACAUAUGUAAAAACUUCAGUUUCUUCUGGAGAGUUAGAUGAUACAAUCAAAUUAGAAUCAUCAGCGUAAAAACAUAAUUUAGAAUUUUUCUUGUAGGUCAAAGUAUCUUCCAUGCCCUUAACGUAACACAAAAAAAAGCAAAGGCCCCAAAAUUGAACCUUGUGGCACCCAAAAUUUAAUUGGUUGAUAAGUUGACGAUGAUUUGAUAAUUCUACUAUGAUUUGUCAAAUGGGUAAUUUCCACGAAUUGAGAUCUAUUUGUCAAAUAGAAAGAAACCCAAUUAAGGGCUCUUUUUGAUAUUCCAAUUAUUUUUAAAUUUUUUUAGUAAUUUACUAUGUUUUACACUAUCAAACACUUUAGAAAGGUCCAUAAAUAUGCCAAUUGCAUAAUGUCCUUUGUCUACUGAUUCAAUGACUGAUUCGAUAAAAGAAACAGCUGAGCUCACAACUGAUCUUCCAUUCCGUAAUCCAUGCUGAUUAUCAUCCAAAAUAUUAAAUUUUUUCAAAAACUCUGAUAAUUGUAAGUAGACGGCUUUUUCAUACACUUUAGAAAUUGAAGGAAGAACAGACAUUGGGCGAUAAUUGGAUAUAUUUUAAGGGUCAUUUUUUUGUGUAAAGGAAUUAUUUUUGACCGCUUUAAUAUGUUAGGAAAAAUGCCUGAAACAAACGAAGAAUUGAUCAGAUGACAUACAAUUUUGCUGAUGUAGGUUUUUGCAGCCAUUAUUAUUGUUACAGGAAUUUCGUCAUGCCCACUAGAGUGUUUAUUUUUUAAAGAUUGAAUGAUUUUUUCCACCUCUCUUUCAGAGAUCGGUUUCAGCUCAAAUUUUGUCUUAAACAUGUCAUCGAUAAAAUCAGCUUUCACAUCAGCCGUCACAUUCUGAUUGUUACAAUUUAAAUUUAAAUCUAAAUCUGUAACCAUGUUGCUAAAAUAACACUUAAACAUAUUAUGUGUCCAACAUACAUAAACAUAUUUAUGGGUCCAAAAUUGUUUAUGAAUUUUGAUUUACAAUUAUAUUUUCUAAUGGUUUCUUGUCAUUUUCCCCAACUUCAGAGUUGAUUAUAUUCCAGACGGUUUUCUGAAUGUUUUGGGAAUUUAUUUUUUAUAUUUUUUAGCCUUAUUUAGUCCUCUUUUAUAAUUAAUUAGACUUUUCCUGGUGUAAAAAAAAAUCUUUUAAACUAAUACUUUUUUUUACUACGAUUAACGAUAUUCCUUAGUGAGUUAAAUUAUAUGCUGUUGUUUCAUCUUCAAUUCUUUAGUUAUCCUUGUACGUUUUUAUUUCUCAUUGUAACCAAUAUGUUUUGAAAAGCCUAAACAAAAUAGAAAGAUUUUUUUGAGACAUCAUACUUUGUUUCUUCCCAGGAAUUAUACACAUCGAACCAAGAUUAAUUGGAAAGUAAUUGUGUGAAAAGAUUAAUGUUUUCAUGUGAAAAUUUACGCAACUCUUUUUUAAUCAGCAAAUUUACGGUUUUCAUAGAAUGUUGGAUUUUACUUUUAAUAUCUGUCCAUCAUGGUCAGAUAAGAAAGUAACCAGACCUUCUACCUUUAAGUCAGAUAAUUAUAUAUUUUUUAUCAAAAAUUUACCUAUUGCUGUCUCCGAAUUAUUUGUAACUCUUGCUGGGAAAUCAACAAGGUACCUCAUAUUUUGCUUUCUAACAUCUGUUGUAACAAUCUAUGUCUGCUAUCCGAUACUAAAUCAUCAAUAUUCAGGUCACCUGCUACAAUAUUUUUAUAAUAUUUUUAUUAAAAUAAUCAAUUAAAAUAUCUAACCACUCCAGAAAAAUAUUUACAUAUGAUCUAGGUGACCUGUAAAUACCAAUAAUGAGCUAUUUUUGCUUAUUAAUACUAAAUUUACAGGCACAAAAUUCAAAUUGCAACUCUUCAAGCAGAACAUUACAUAUAUCCGGCACCGAGACCCUCCUCAGCUCAAAACUCUUCUCUGCCAAAAUAAUUAUGACCAAAAUAGGUAUGACCUAUUUUCGGAAUUGCUGUACCUACAUUUCAGGGCCUUAAAAGCCAACAAAAUUCUAAUUCUUAUAUUUGUAUGAAAAAUAGUGUAUAAAGUUGUCUCUAUAGACACAAUUAUUCAUAUAGUUCCUUUGAUUUUGAUUCUAAAUGCGUCAACAAACCUUCACUUAAAUGAGUUUACAAACACGGCUAAUCUACCAGUGGGUAAGGUGGUUCCAAACCAAGAUGUUGUUUGCACACUACAAAUCAGUUUAUCUCACUUUUCCCAAAAAUAUCAACGUGACAUAUAACCAUUAACCAAUCAAAGACUAAGUUUAGUAGGUUAUAUUAAUAUUUCCAUCCUAGGCAAAUUGUUUACUGACAUGUUGAAACUUAUAAACACAAAACAUUGUCUCUCGAUGCAAGUUUGCUAGUUUAUUUAUGCAUCUUCAUCAAAUUUGACAAAUUUCUUGAUUUUAUUGUGAGCUUAAACAAAUUUUACCAGUGAGAACUUUAUGAGAGCCUUGUAGCAAACGUAAGUACUGUAUUUACUAAGUUGGGUCAUUUAUCCAUAAAUUUCCUCAUGUUAUAAACCUAUUUGAAUACUGUACAAAUUAACAAUGUAAAUUCAACGGGGAAAUUGAAAAUUCCCUUAGUCUGCAAGUUGCUCGAAAAUGAUUAUUACGUACUUUAUAAAAAAGUAUCUAUCUACUAGUAGCAGUAGCAACAAGUAAAUUUCUUAAGAAAAAAAUAUUACCAGUGUGGAUACUAUGGAACUAGGCCCAAGACAAAUGAAAUGUUGUGUUUAAAUGUUUCUAGACAUUUGUUGGGUAUGUUAUUUAUGUACAAAUCUAUGAUGGUAGACUCCAAGAUCCCCUUGUCUGAGAAUAAGGGUAAAGUAUGUGUCAUAUAAUUACAAAUGUUUUGAAUUUAAUAUGAUAUACUUAUAAUAUUAUACAUACUAUCUAUAGAUAUAUAGUAUAAACUUGUUUUUAGAGAUUUUAAGUUAACAAAUAAGAUACAUAAGAUAAGGCUUAUGGAAAUGUUGAUAAAAAAUGUUGUUAAAUAUAAUUUGUAAUAGCAUACACUCAUUUAUUGGUUGGAGAUAAUAUUGUAAAUUUGGUUUAAAAGGUGACCUUGUUCUGUUUAAAGAUCACAAAAUGCUUAUUCAUAAUAUGGCUAUUGAAAUACAGUAAACUGUAAUUAUAGGAAAGAUCUUCGAGUUAAAUGUUUGAUUUCAUAAAAGAUUCCGAAUACCUUAGUUAAUAAUUUAGGUAGUUUAGUUUAGUUAAUUUAGGAACCAAAGCCAGAAUCAUACUAAAUUAUAGCCCUAUUUCUUUGAUAAACAAAUUCAUGACUUUAAAUAUUAUGUACAUGUUUCUUUAACAAAGCUUUUACUUAGUUUUGUUUUUGGAAGAAUUAAGAUUUUUCAAAGAUGUUUUAAAAAGGCUGUUUGAAAAUUAUAUUAAGUAUCUUAUUGUGUAGCUUUUUUAUUAAAUAUAUAAUAAAUAUGAUUUAUGAUUUCUGAACUUAUUUGAUUGUAUACCUUGUUUAUUUAUUGUAGAAAACCUUGGUAUAUCAGACAUAAUAAAUACUUUAAAUUAG